AAUUAUAAGAAGGUAUUUUAAUAUCUAAUGUAAGGCUGAUGUUUACACACCAAAGUAGUGGGAAGUCAGAAGUGUUCACAUCAGUACUAUUUUAAAUGAACACUUGCAUCUGGAAGGUCCAACUUUUGUAUUCUUCAUUAAAUUUGAAUUAUUAAACAUAUCAAUUUUAUAUUUACAUAUUAAUCCUUCAAAUUCAAUAAAUGUACUCUUUAAAUACUUUAAAGUCUAAAUUAGGGGCUGAAUAUUUAAAGUUUUCUUACAUGAAUAAUACUUAAAGGGGAUACAAAGGAAAAACAAUUGUAAUAAAAAAGAUGUUACAUCUGUAAGUUGUGAAUUGCAUUGCUGACACAUUUUAAAUUGCUUCUCAUAUUUUUAACAUUAUGGGAAUUAAAUCUAGAAAAAAGUUCUAAAAUGAUGUCGAAUAUUAGUCACCUAAAAAACCCACAAUGCAUUUUUUAGGUGUCAUGCUACAAUCUGCACUCCUUAUGUGAUGUUCAUGUUUGUUCAUACUGUCUGGUUCUUGGGCAGAUCGAUCAUUACUUUUGGGGUACAAUAAACGGGUAGAAGUAAGUUUAUCCAGUUUUGAAAAUAAGAACUCAGAUCUGGGUUCAUGUUGGAUCGACUUGUUUGUUCAUUUCCACUAAGUUGUUUCACCGUGUCCUCUCUUACAACACCACUUCACAUUUGAUGUUGUGUUUGAUUUGGCGGCCGGGCCGAGGUGCACUGACCUCAAACAUUUGUUUCAUUUCUUGUUUCUGCAGUUUGUACAAGGCUGCAGAAACAAGAUGGCCGACAGCGCUCAGGUCACACACACAUGAUGCGACACUGCCGGCGGGAAACACACUUGGCUCUGUGCGCCGACGACGACUGGGUUUCUAAAUGCCCCUCCGGCUGCAGACUGCAGGGUUUGAUCUCACAGAUGGAGAGCAAGGUGGAGAGGAAACUCUCAAAGGUGUGUAAAACAGCGAAGAUGCACGAAGAAGCGACGGAGAAGUCCAUGGCGGCCAUGACACGCCUCUACAACUACAACCGGAGAGUCCUCGUCAGCAGCUACGUUUCAGAGCUGAAGUUGGUGGAACAAAGCGAAGGAUUGGCGAGGAACCUCACGUCGCUUAGUAAACGUUCCUCCAGGCUGUCGCUGCAACUCAAGGGGCUAAACCGCGACGUCCAGAAACAAUUAGUGGCUUUGUACCGAACAGAGGUGGAGGUUGACAUGCAGCUGCGAGCCUGCUCUGGUUCCUGUAAGUCGGUGGUACCGUUCAGCCUGGAACAUCACAGCUAUAUAACGCUUCAAACCGACUUGAAGCACACGGACAAGACUCCUAACCUGAGGAGGAAAGUCGCUUCGCUUCCUAAAGACAUCCCUCACAUGAAGCUGCAGCCGGUAGACGAAGGCCCGGUAUCGCCAGAGUAUAAGACCAUCCCGACGGUCCAGAGAGAUCUGUUGACCCAGUUCGAGGACAUUCCCCAGAACCGGGUCUUAAUGGAGGAGGUUGAAACUGACGAGCUGCACUGAGGCAGGUUACCGGUGGAAGUUCAGAACAGCACUCCAAGCUGCUUCAAGGGUAAUAUUUUAUGAAAUCACAGAUAAUCAACGCUUCAGUAUCUUUGUAAUAUCGUUAUCAAGGUAUUGGAUGUUCUCUAAAUCGCCAAGCCCUACGUCCAACCUCACGUCAAAGAAGUCCGUUUGUCCACUUACUCCAGAUGUUAUCAGUCGAUUAAAGGACCGUGAUCAUGUAUUGGAAAGCAGAAUGACUGCAGGGAGGUGAGGCGGGGACGUCUAGUGGCUGUCAUUAAAAGAAGAUUUAUUUUGAGUCUUAUUUAAAGUUAAGACUUACUUAACAUACUUAACUUACAUAAUGCACUUAGCUUAAUAAACCUAUGUUCGUGUCUGACGUGGAUUUUAUCGUAACCCAAACCACGUCCUGAACCAAACCAGGGAGGGUUGAUGGAUAAAUGUAGGUGCAGUUUGCCCAUUCGCCCAUCGAAAGCAUUAUAACAGCAGUAAUAACGGACAUUUAACAGCAUGAUAACAAGUAUGUGGUUUGUCCAGUUUUGCCUAUUGAAUGCAUUUUCUGCUAAAUACUUUUCUAUUUCUAACAAAUUCAACUCACUAUUAUUGGAAAUCAAAGGGAAAUAGCGAUGAUUUGUAUCCAUUUUGGGGACAAAGUGAAUCUCUAACUUUCAGUGACAGCCGACAAACAUUACAACGUCUUCUGUUCAUACUUUAGUUUAAUGGUUUAAGGUUAAGUCAUUCUCUGUACCACCUUUUACACUUCAUGGUCAACAAAUAAUGUAUUUCUAAAACACCUCAAACCGUUUGAAACAUCUGUAAAUAUAACACACUCCUCUGUUUUCCUGUUGUAUUAUUUAUUGUCUCAACAUGAAGGCGCGGAAACACUGUCUUCCCUCAGCCGAAAACUCUCUGCAGGUUGUAAUGUCUUUGUGUCUGCACGGAUCAGUUAAUAAAACACACUUUGGACAUAUCAAA